CAGUGAUAUUAAAUCAAGUGGAUGUGCAGAAGCAAACAAGUGGUCGUGGGAGAUGCGACGGGAGGCAAAACAAAGCGCCGGACAUCGAUCGAGGCGUCGCCAAGACGACGCCUCUCAGGACGUCGCGACGCGAUGAUCAUCGGCGAAGUGCAAACACAUUUAUCGUGCGCUCCGGCACUAUCAAUCCGAACUUGGUGAGAAGAGUCAUAGGCCAUUUAGGAAAAGUUCAAAGAUCACGCAAACUACAACAACUAUAUGCGAACCGCAUUGAAGGGGCAUCUGUCUUUACUACUGAAUCAAUUACAGGUAGCAUUCAAAAUGGAAAAUAUAAAUUGGAAAACGAUUUCUUUUACAACUUUAAACGAUUUCCUGCACAAACCUAAACAUGCCGCAAGCUUGGCCGUUGCUAGAAUACUUUUCGGUAUGCUGAUGUUAAUUGAUAUAGUCGAGGAAAGAGGUGGAUCCGACCUGGAUAUUAGAUGGGGCGAUGCUAAAACUUGCCAUUUUCCACUUCUUCCUCACCUACAACGUCCAACUCUACCAUGGAUGUGCCUGUUGUACGGAAUUAUGUGGCUAGGAGCUUUAGGAAUCGCCUUAGGUUACAAGUUUAAAUUGAGCUGUGCCUUUUUCUGCGUGCCCUAUUGGUAUGUGCUGCUCCUAGAUAAAUCCUUUUGGAACAACCAUAGCUAUUUGUACGGUUUAAUCGGACUGCUAUUGUUUACCUCAUCAGCUAAUUGUUAUUGGUCUUUAGACUCUUUUCUGAGCAACGACAAAACGAACGCAGUGCCUAAUUGGAAUUAUUUCAUCUUAAAAUUCCAAAUCUUCAUUCUGUAUUUUUAUGCCGGACUUAAGAAGACAGACAUGGAAUGGCUCGACGGAUACUCCAUGGCAAAUCUAGGACACCACUGGAUCUUUUCUCCUUUCUCUUCGAUCUUCACCGUCCACGAAAUUGAUUAUUUAAUCAUCCAUAUGAGCGGAUUUCUUUUGGAUUUAAGUCUGGGAUUCCUAUUGGUUUGGAAGAAAACAAGACCGUUAUCAAUUUUAGCAGGAAUAACAUUUCAUUUAAUGAAUAGCAGAAUGUUUAGUAUAGGUAUGUUCCCUUACGUUUCUAUAGCCACUAUACCAUUAUUUUGUGAAGCCGAUUGGCCCAUCAAAUUGUUAUCGAAGUUCGUAUACAAAAAGGAAAUAGAAGAGAAAAUCCCGUCGGUUUGCAACGCAAAUAAGAAAUCGAGAGUAGUUCUGAUUAUGUUUUAUUGUUUGCUACAAAUGUUCCUGCCUUAUUCGCACUUUAUAACGAAGGGUUUCAACAAUUGGACGAAUGGUCUUUACGGUUAUUCAUGGGAUAUGAUGGUUCAUUCUUGGGACACUACGUUGGUUGUGGUUCGUAUUGUCGAUAAUAAAUCAGGGAAGGAGCAUUUUCUUGAUCCAUCUGCUUGGACGCAUAACGACAGAUGGAGUAAACACGCGGAUAUGUGCGUGCAGUACGCCCACUGUUUAAAGAACAACUUACUCACAGAAAUAUCUAAAGAAAGAAAUAGACAAAACUCGGAUAUAGACAACUACAUCACCUCUCAGGACAUUUCGAUUUACGUGGAUGUAUGGUGUUCGUUGAAUGGGCGUUUCCAACAGAGGAUGUUCAACCCUAAUUACGAUUUGCUUAAAGCCGAUUGGUCGCCGUUUAAGAAAGUUGAAUGGCUGUUGCCGUUGCUUACAGAAUACAGUGUGUUUCGUGAAACUAUUAGAGAAAUAGAAAAUCACGUAUACACUUGGUCUAAUUACAGCGACGUAUUAUUCAUCGCCGAUUUUCCAGGUUUAUCGUUGGAAAAUUUUAUAAGUCCAGAUUUGGAUAAUGUUACGUUAACUGUGAUCGAAGGAGAAGUAGUAUUACAAACGGAAUUGAACGACAAACAGGUGCAAUUAGUAAAAGGUUCCAGUAUUCCAAUCGUGUCUAACGUCUUUCAUACCAUUCUUACCGUGGGCGAAAGACCAUCCUGCUUCAUGUAUACCUACUUUAAUAAAACUAAGGAUGAACUGAAAGAAGAGGAAACCAGUAUCAAAAGUUCGCAGUAUUCACCAAUGCCUCUGCUCGAGGAUAGCGCGGCAAGCGUCGAGGGUUUCGUAAGGAUGUGGGAUCUUGUUGGAAAUUCCAUUUUAAAUCUCAUUUACCAAGUGCCUAUGAUUAGACGUGCGCCAUUGUGAUAUGAAAAAAAAUA